AUGCUGAUGGUGUCCGAGCCAUCUCGCUGCGAACACGUCCUGGAGCUCCUGGAAUGGUUCGACAUGCCCGAGUGCUACGUCUUGAUCCUGGAGCGACCCGCCCGCUGCAUGGACCUCUUCGAAUACCGCAGGAACGGCUCACUUCCCGAACGUCUGGCUCAGGUCAUCAUGUGGCAGGUGGUUCUCGCCGCCCGUCAUUGCCGUGAUCGCGGCGUUCUCCAUCGGGAUAUCAAGGAGCAGAACCUUCUGGUCAGUUUCGACACGUUAGAGGUCAAGCUCAUAGACUUUGGCUGUGGGGACUUGCUGAAGUCGACCCCCUACAGACGUUUUGCAGGCACCAUACUAUACGCCCCACCUGAAUGGAUCGAGGAAGGCACCUGUAUGGGUUUAGAAUUUUUUUACCCAGAUGGCACCCACCUAAGCAAGACUGGAGUGAAGGCACUAAAGGACAACCUCCAUUUUGCUCUUCGCCACCCAUCUGCUUCUUGGACUGACUCGACACAAUACGUGCAUCCUCAACCUCCCUCACCUGCCUUCAACCAAGAAGGACCAUCAAACAUACAAUCCCCAUCACUGGAGAACACAGCUCAGGCUGAGUUUCUGACUCUUGAUGAAAGCUAUUACGACCUUCAUCAUCAGGCAGUGACACAGCAGUCAACAGCAGAGACAUCACAGUCAUCCUCCAACUUCUCUCUCUCAACAACAUCACCUCCACAUAUGGAUUUCACAGAGAAAAUGGAGAAACUGAUCCAACAAUGCAGGUUAUGUCAAGGUGACAAAGACUUGUCAGAGCGGAAAGAAGUGGCUGAUGCUGGCACCAGCCGACACUGA